GAAGAAGUGACGACGAGACAAGCGCGUUUCAGCCGCCGAGCGCUUUCCUGCUGGGUCGUUUCUUGUUCCAUUGAGCACUGCUUCUGUAUGUGAAGCGGUUAUUGAAGUUAACGUUGUGAAGGAGUUUGCGAGAGAAACCGUAACCGAAACGAAGAAAAAUGGGCUGUUGUCAUUCGAUCCACGGUGAUGAGGUGGCCAUCGUGGAAACCUUUGGGAAAUACGCUUACUCCCAAGGACCCGGACUCAUGAUCUUGCCUUGCCCGUGCGUGCAGGUCAACGCCGGAACAAUUUCCACACGCAUUCGCCAGCUCUCCGUGCCGGUGAGAUGUUUGAUUUUAACAAAUUCCAGUUUGCCGUACCCGUAUCUGUAUGUAUGAGCAUCAGUGAAAGACGAAAGUCAAAGUUGCCGUUUCUGUCUUGGCGUAAAAUGUUGCUGAAGAAAAAACAAAUAUCAGGUGGAGACCAAGACGAAGGACAAUGUCUUUGUGGAUGCCAGGCUGGAAAUCCAGUAUGUGGCCGACCAAAGCAAGGUCUACGAAGCGUUCUACAGGUUAGCUUCCCCGGAGCAACAGCUUAACAGCUACGUUUUUGACGUGGUGAGAUCAGCCGUGCCAAAGCACACGUUGGACGAUUUGUACCUACAUGCAGCAAAGGACGCCAUCGCGGACGAAGUGCGGAAGAAUUUGACGGUACUCCUACAACCUGAAUGUAUCAGCAUGCAAAAAAUGGUUGGUCUUGAUGUUGAGUUGUUCUGCAGUAUGUUUAUUUGCAGCAGGAGCUCUCCUCGUCAAAAUAAACCCACAUCAAGAAUCAAACAACCUCAGAACACAAUGCGAGAAUUCGGGUACAUUAUUGUGAAGACGCUAGUUACCGACAUCACCCCGGCCCAAAAAGUUCGCGUCGCAAUGAAUGAUAUCGAGACAAGUAAGCGAAACCGGCAAGCCGCAACAGAAAAGGCAGAUGCGGAUAAGAUGAUGAUAGUGAAGAGGGCCGAGGCGGACGCCGUGUCAAAAUACCAUCAGGGAGCAGGUGGGAUAAUUCAGAUUUCUUUUUGAUUGACGACGGCGGUAAUAUGCAUCCUGACGCAACAUAAGCGUGUUUUGUUUUGCGGUGUGUUGUGGAUGAACAAAAAUAUUUUCAUUCAGGUAUCGCCCGACAGCGAAAGGCGAUCAUCGACGGGAUGCAAAACUCGGUCGGGACCUUCACGGAGGCCAUCGAAGGCAUGAGGAGUCGGGACGUCCUGGAAUUGGUUUUGAUUACACAGUACUUUGACACGCUGAAAGAAAUCGGAUCAAGUGCCGGGUCCAAAACAAUAUUCGUCAACUCGUCUGCCGGUAGCGUGCAGGGCAUCGCUAGCGAAAUUAGGAACGCUUUCCUACAGUCCACGGCAGCGAAGAAGUGAACUGUGCUUUCUUGCGACGGAAUCGAGUGAAUAGGGUUUUAUUGAAAGUCAGUUUAGAAAAUAUUUUUUCGACUCUGAGUCACUCAUGUUUGCUGGUUGCCGAUUCUGGGCGACCUCUGAAACUGAAACAAAAGCAGUGCAUUUUCUUUAUAGAAUGCUACUGCAGAGCAGCUCAGGCUCGUCUCACAAGAUUUUUUUGCCGCAUACGAGUCUACUUCGAU